GGCGCAUCAACGGCACGUUGGGCGGAUAACCAGGCCGGAUAUUGUCGCAAACGCCAUCCGAGUAGAACGAGAGAGGUUAGCCAGACGCGUGCGCCUCCUGCUUAUGGUUUCGAGGCGGAUGCGAUGGUCGUGCGUGUACAUGGUGUGGUUGGAGUCCAGAGGCUUCAAGCGUCGGGACCUUAGUCAUCUCGAGAAUGCUCGGGCGGCGAUUGCCGCUAUCAAAUGCAAGGACCUUCACAACAUGCACCUCAGCCUGCGCCUACAGAAGACGCCGUAUGUCUGCGCUAGCUGCACUCAGCGUAUAGCAAGCGCGUCGGCUCAGAUAAGACACUACCAUGGUACUGCCGGGCAUUUGAGAGGGAUCAGCACGAUUCGACAAGGACCAUCAGGCACGUUUCCGUUCAACAUCGCAUCCUUAUCACGACAACCACUUCGCAAUGCAUUCAGCACAGCCGCGACUGUUCGGGGGCGCCUCCGCGUCGCCAUCAUUGGCUCUGGACCUGCAGGCUUCUACACGGCGUACCGACUCAUGAGCAAGAACCAAGAUGCCGUGGUUGACAUGUACGAGCAACUUCCGGUACCUUAUGGACUCGUCCGCUAUGGCGUCGCACCCGACCACCCCGAGGUCAAGAACUGCCAGGACACGUUCGAAGAGGUAGCGCAAUCGCCGCGAUUCAACUACAUCGGCAAUGUCAGGGUGGGAUAUGAUAUCGAAUUGGCCAAAAUGAAACCCCACUACGACGCGAUACUCUUCUCCUAUGGCGCAAGUGAGGACAGACAGCUGGGGAUACCUGGUGAAGAUCUGCCGGGUGUGUACUCGGCUAGGUCUUUCGUGGGAUGGUACAAUGCUCUGCCACAGUUUGCAAGUCUGAAGCCCAACCUCCAAGCUGGCGAGCAGGCAGUCGUCAUAGGCCAGGGCAAUGUCGCGCUCGAUGUCGCGCGUAUACUGCUGAGCCCUGUCGAUAGCUUACGGCAUACCGACAUAUCCGAGCAGGCUAUACAAACUCUUUCAGAGAACAGGGUGCGCUCUGUAAGGGUGGUUGGCCGGCGUGGGCCAAUCCAGGCUGCAUUCACUGUCAAAGAAGCUCGCGAGCUGAUGAAUAUCCCUUCCGUCGCCUUCGACCCCAUCGACCGCUCCUUGUAUCCAUCCGAGAUCAAGAAGCUGCCUCGCGUACAGAAACGAAUAGCGGAGGUUCUACUCAAGGGUAGCAAGGCAACCAAGGAAGAGACUGCACGAUCAUGGGCUCUCAAGUUCAUGCAAGCACCCAAGUCCAUGCACGCAGACGCUGGCCAACUCUCAUCCAUCGCCUUUACGAAGCAACGGUUCGUCCCCGACGCCGACCCCUUCGACCAACGUGCCCGCGUCACACCUACAAAUGAAGAGACAUCCAUGGAAGCGUCGCUAGCAUUCAGAUCCGUGGGUUACAAAUCAACCGGCCUGCCUGGUCUUUCUGACAUUGGCGUACCCUUCGACGACAAACUUGGAAUAAUACCCAAUGACAUGCACGGCCGUGUCAUCACGCCAUCCGCAGGGCCCGGCAAUCUGACAGCUGGCCAUGUCCAUGGGCUAUACUGUGCAGGCUGGGUAAAGCGUGGACCUACUGGUGUCAUCGCCAGUACUAUGCAAGACGCCUUUUCGUCUGCAGACAUCAUUGCGCAAGAUUGGGAGGCCAACGUACCGUUCUUGAAUGACACCAGUGGCGACAACAGAAGCACAGGUCUUGGCUGGGAUGGUAUCAAGGAUAUCGUGACAAGCGUGAGACCGCUAGCUUGGUCGGAUUGGAAGAAAAUCGACCAUGCUGAACGAGCCAGAGGCAAGAGUAAAGGCAAGGAGAGAGAGAAGUUCCAGAGCGUUGAAGAGAUGCUCAAGAUCUUGGAUGCAUAGAGCCAUGUUACGACAAUUCAUUGCCACAGAGUUCUUGCUACACUCCAGCAUAUUAUGUGCUCCUUUUGCGCCCAUGUAGCUAGUGCAAAAGGACGCUUCCGCAGUAAUAGCUACUGUACAUAAUCGCUCUUAACUCCUGUGAAGAUCUGGAUAAUAGAAAGAAUGUUUUCGACGAACAGAACUGAGGGUUCGGGAAUAUUAAGAUUGUAUACUCUAGAUGCCCCGUAUCGGUCUACAGUGGCAUCUCGAAUUGACCGCUAGUACGAUCAACGAACGUCAGCAUGAAGUUUCAUACUUGAGCUCACCCCCACGCACAUCUCAGUGUAUAUAUGUACAGCAUUCAUU